AUGCGCAUCGCAGCCGCUCAGCUCCAGAGCCUGAGCCGGGAGCUACUGCAUCUUCUCCAAUCGCACCCCGAAGGGAGAAGGAAAUCGCCCCUUUUGUUCCCUGCCCACGAGGCCAAGGGAUCUGGGAGCCGGGCCCAACUGGCCGCGACGCUGGCGGUGGCGGCGGUGAGCGCGCCGGAGCCCGCGCGGAGAACAUGCGGCGGGGAUGGGAGCGCGCCUAGCCUCGACGCGGGAGAGCCAGCCGCUCUGCCGCCGGCCGCGGGCCCCACCGCGACAGGCUGUCUGAACCCCAGACGUACCUGUGUGAAUCGGAGGGCUCGGCCCUGCGGUACAGCGGGCAGCCGGCAGAGGUCUGACUCCACCUCUCCACGAACACUGCCGGGAGCUGAAGUUAACCGCUGCGGUCACGACCCUAAACAUCGCGCGUGGCCGCUGCUGCGGUGGCCCGAGGGCGGGGCGGGGGCGUUGGCGAGCGUGGGCACCCGGCGUGUGUGCCUGGGGGUGGUUGCCUCGCUGGGGCCGGACGGGGUGAGGGGACGCGGAUCGCGAAGCGGGGGCGGCUCGGAAGCCACGCGAGCUGUACCCCCCUCCUCUCCAGGCGCGAGGCGAGGAGGUGCGGCGGCUGCGCGCCUCCGGGCGACCACCCGGCUGCUCUCGGGCGAAGCGGACCGGCCUGCGAGGCUCACGCGCGUUGGGCAGAGGCUCCCGGCGGUCGCGACCCGGGAGAUGAGCUGCGGGCUUUUCCCCGCAAGCUCUGUGGAGCGCGGACCGCGACGCCUUUCCCCCGCUUUUAUCACCUUUUGCAACUUCUGCACUGGUUCCCCGAGACCCCAGAAAGGGGUGGGAGGGAAAGGACUCCGAGCUCGCCGCUCGCGCCCGCGCUGCGAAAAAGAACAGCGCUGA